GUUGAGUUAGAUGUUUUGCGUAAGGUCAAAGCGCGUAUGUUGAUGUUCGCGUUAUGUUUCCAAUACUUGUAACAUGACGACAAUCGAGUCCAGAGUUCCUCGUCGGCGUGCGAAUUCUGCAGAACCCAGGACAAAUUAUUUUGUACGGAAACUUUCCAAAUUGGUUUUAAAUGAAAGCAACCUCCAAAAUACCUCUUAUCUCAAGGAUUUUAAUAUGAACCGCAAAUUGUUUAUACAACAGACGAAGUUUACCAAUCCUUUUUCCCGUCUGGAUUUUCGGAAAAAAAAGAAGAAGACUGCUAAAGUCAAAGUUCCACCAUUGGAUUUUUCCCAGUCGUAUACUGAGUUGAUUUUGGAACUUGCCUACACAUCAAACUUAACACGUCAAGUUAUUCGACCAUUUAAUCGUUGUCAUUUAAUAAGUCAAUUAACUGAAUGUGCACGCUUGAUUCGUGGACGUAUUGCAUCCGGUGCUGCAUGUAUCCAGCUUCCUUUACAAGCCGAUUCCAAAAAUGACGAACAACGUAUGAGUGACAAUCGAAUGAUUAUGGUAAAAAUUAAUCAGUUUAAUGAAGCACAUGCAUUAUUUACUGAUUGGAUUAAUAAGCUCUCAUUAGCUCCAUUUGUAACUAACACAUUUGGUCCGACAGUUGUUCAACCUUCUGAUGAAAAUAGUCCUACAAAUCAACAGAUUCUACUAUCAAAAUCAAGUUAUUCUAUACAGGAUGCUAAUUUACUACAAGAUUUACAAUGUGAUGGUGAAUUGUUAUUCUGUCAACUUCAAUCAUGUGCCUUGGCUGUGUUUGAAUUACUCAAAAAUGUUGGCUAUACCACGUUUGUUGAACCGUCAUGUAUGGAAGCUUCACUCUAUAAAAGUUGCUAUGCACAAAAUGAAUCAACCCCUACUCAUUUAAACAAAAAUGGUCAUGAGAUUAAAAAUAAUGGUACCGAAAUUCUUGGCCAUUCUCAUUCGAAUAACAAUACAUCAAUAAAAAGUUCAAGUGUGUUCACUGAUGAAGAUCGUGAACUUUUAGCUAAACUAUGGCGUUAUUUAGAUCCUAAUAGUAGUGUACUAGGUACUAAUUCACCACCACCAAAACCUCCACUACCUAACUUAUGUCCCCUCAACAUUCCAUUCUCUGAUCGUCGUACGGAUUUAGUCAGCCCUAGUAAUCAAUCUUCUCAACUUAAUAUGAACCCAUUUGAUGAUCCAAACUUGGUAACAUAUUUAUGUACAAUCGCUUCUACUGCUCAACAAAAGUACCCUUCAAAUUCAAGUCCAAAUAAGAAAAGUUCAGAUUGUCAAAAAGAAUUUAUAUUACCAACCACCAGAUUGGAUUUAAAUGCAGCUGACCACUUGUGUUUCCCAUUGGUCGAUGAGUCGGAUACUAGUGAUCUAGAGUCGAAUUUCAAUUAUCUUAAUAAUUUGAUUAAAUUAGAUGAUUCUUGUACAAUACAAACACCUAGUUAUAAACCUAACAGUGCAUCAUUUUCAAUUAAAGAUGCCCCACGUUCUGUUAUCGAACAACCUAAACUGCCUACUAGACAAAAGGAAAAAGUUGAUCGCUUUGAUGAAACACCGUUAUAUUCAACAACUUGUAACGGGAAUUUUUCACAUGUUCAUUCCAGUCGAAAAUUACCAUUUCAAUUGAAAGACUGUAAAUACUGGUCAAAGUCAAUGUCAUCUGCAGAUUCGAAUAAUCCACUUAGUGAUACUUUCAUGCAGGAGCAAGUAGCAAAAAUGGUGAUGCAUUUACAAGACAAUGAUUCGUGUACUUCACAUCAGCGGGAAAAUCCUCUUAUUACAUGCACACCAAGUGCGAAUAACUCCAUUACUACUAGUUCGUCUGAUACGACUAUUACUACUACUAGCACUACACUUACUACUGUCAUUCCAAAUGAACAAAACACUUCAACGUUAAAUAGUGAUGCCAACUGUGAAUCAAUGACAUCCAUCACUGAGGAUAUUGACGAUCGUUCACCUAAUUGUCAUUCUGAAGUAAAAUCCGAUACAGAAGAUGUUUAUGAAUUCAUUGAAGCAAAUGGUAAAAAGUAUCGACGUCAUUUUCAACGACGUGUUGUCAUUGAACGGCAUAAAGUUAGGGAAAUUAUAUUAGCACCAUCACUUCCAGAUGGUAUGGGACCAGAUCUUAAUCGAGUUAUACUCAGCCGAUCUGAUCAGACAAAUACUAAAUCCGUCAACAAUAAUAAUAAUGAACUUAUUCCACCAAUUAAUACAUUAUCAUUAAAUAACUCUUGUAACUCUUCUUUAAAUCAUAUCAAUGCAUUGAACUCUUCUGAAUUUAAACCUCAAUUCGGAAAAUGGAAUAUUUCCUGUGAUAAUGCUGCUAAUGAACACAACGAUUGUAUGGAUCAUGACGACUUAGAAGAAUCCCAGUUCACCAAAGCUGACGCUGGACCACCAAAACCAUCUUUACCGAAUGAGAAACCAUUGGUUAGUUAUAUGUUUCGAUUCGGAUCAUCUGAUUGUGACAAUCCAGAUGAUGAACGACGUUUAUCUGAUCGAUUAAUUGAUUUUUUCCGUGACCAAUGGUUAAAAGAAGAGUCUGCAGCGGGACCACAUGAACGUAAAAAAGUUAUUUCUUAUACACAAAGUUAUACACAACCUGCAACCAAUGGUGAUUUUAUUCAUAAAUCAACGUGGAUUCAACAUACAUGCACAGUUCGAAUGGUUGGAGGUCUUCAAGGAUUAAAAGCUCAGGCUAGUCGUAAUGCUGAAAUGAAAUUACCUGAAGUAUUAUCAGAUGAAUUUUCAGAUAAAAUAUCUUGUAAUUCACUUACUUCAUCAUCCAAUGAAAUAACAUCAUCUUUAAUUGAAGAACCAGAUGUAUCACAACAAUUAAAAUCGGAUUCAUUAGAGUUUAACCGUCACAAAUCACAAAUCAUUAUUACCAGUGACGAAACAGACGAUGAAGAAAUACGUGAUAACCAUAUCCCUACAGUAACUCAAGAAAGAGAAAUUUACACAACUCUACCUAUCGUGGAAGUUACCAAUGUACUACCUAUCUUAAGUCUUUUAAAAGCAAACGAUUAUUUAGUAUGGGGUGAUCGAAAUUCUCUAAAUGAUAUUUCUGUACAUGCUGGAUGUAUUGAUGCUUUAAUAGUGUAUAUAACGUCAUAUGGCCGUAUGUCACCAUCAUAUUAUUUAUUUUUCGAAACAUUUCUUUUUAUGUAUCGUUCAUUUAUGACAUCUGAUGAAUUAGUGAACCGUUUGAUAACGCGUUAUCAUUACUUUAGCCAUCCUCCACGUUAUUUAUCGCAUUUGACAAAUUUAUCUCAUGAGAUCAGAUCUAAAGUGUGUACGUCUACCGUGUCAAUUUUAGUGACUGUGGUUACACGAUUAAAACAUGAUUUAAAUGAUAAAUUACUAGAAAUUCUUCAAAAUUUCGAAGAAACACUUUCACAAGACGAAUAUAAAUCACUUAGUCGAAUUUUACACAUUACAAUUUUUCGACAGUCACAGGAAAACUUACAAAUUCAUUCUAACUCAAAAAACAAUGAGUUAAUCAAUAAUAGUAUGCAUAAAUCUGAUUCAUUUCUAUCAAAUAGUGGUCGAACAUCAUCAGUAGGAGAUAUAUCAUCCGACCAAUCCAUGUUAAAUAGAAUUAAGGAAACAGAUCAAUGCGCUGAAUUUAAUGAAAAUAUUGGAUUUAUCACAUUACCAAAGACUAAAUCUAGACGAUCACAUGCUUUGGAAAAUGUUGAUCGUUAUUCAGUGAUUGAAUCGACAGAAAAUGAUUAUGUCAAUCCUUCUUCUACGAUAAAUUCACUUCCAACUAAAAGAAUAUUGUUGAGUACAUCAAAAAGUAGUCUUAGUCUAUUAAAUUUCUCUGCAAAAUCUUUAGCUGAACAACUUACCUAUUUAGAAUGUUUAAAUUAUUAUAAAAUUAAUGUCUUUGAACUGCUUGACAUUUCAAAACUAGAACAAGGUAAAGCACCUGGUGUAGCCGCUUGUGCACAUCAUUUUACAAUGCUUUCUAACUGGGCCACAUAUCAAAUUUUAUCCUUGACAAGUGCAUCUGAUCGUGAUAAGGUUGCAAACCGUUUAUUGGAUGUUAUGGAACACUUGUACAAACUCCAAAAUUUUAGCUCCUACCUGUCUUUACUUUGUGCAUUUCUCCUAGUACCAGAAGCUUUGUUUUCUCGAAAAACACUGAGUCGUCUUAGUCGGGUUACGCCGUACAUGCAACCGCCUUACUUUUCAAAAUAUCGUCGUGACUUAGAAGCAGCCAACCCACCAUUAAUACCAUAUUUAGGUUUAAUGCUGCAGAAUUUAAUUGUCCUAGAUCAGGUUGAUAAAUAUCAAUCAUGUCAUGGUCCUAUUAUAAACUUUUGGCGAUGUUGGAAACAUUUUUUGAUUAUACACGUUUUCGUCAAACAAGAGAAAAUGGAUCCUGAAAAAUCUCGUUAUUCGAUCCGUCCUGAUUUGAAAAUCUUACAAUUUCUUGGCAAUUUUAAAAAUUCUCUACCUGAAGCAGAAUUACGUCGUUUAGCUAAUCGUUUACGUCGAAGUAUUUCAUAAUUUCAUCAUUUAAUUAUAAUACAACACUUAUGUAACUUAUUGUUUGUUACUAAUCAGCUCAUGUGUAUAAAAUAACCUAUAAUAUGUACAAUAAUACCAUUGUUUUAAUGUAUCAUUUUACUCCCCUUUUUUAAAAAAAUCCAUAUUUUGAAGUAAUUUUGAAUUGUAAAUUUCAAGAUUAUUUUUUGUUGCUUAUUAUAAUAUCAUUCAUACUGUUAGAUUAUUGUUAUCAUUUUUUGUUCUAAAUAUAUAAUGAAUAUCUAUUG